AUGAACUCGAUAGUUCAGGAGAAGCUCAUACAACACAGGGUUCAGAUCAAAAUGAUGACGAAAACUGCGCCUUCGAUCUUUCUCAUCUCAGGUGAUAUCUGUGUUCGAUACCAGCAUCUGGACCAACCUCCACAACUCAAUUUUUUAUACAGUCCAUCUGGUGAGCGCAGAUUCUUCUUUGACAUACGCAACACCCCCUAUGGCAACCGCUUGCACAUUUCCCAGGUCACAGAUCUCCAUCGAAAUGUCAUUGGCAUUCCAUUGGAAUCAUUGGUAACCUUUAGGAAUCGACUCACUAUGCUCAUUGACGCUUUGAAGUUAGAGGACGGGGAGGUGAUGCGAGAGACUCUGGAGAAGUAUUCCAGUCGUCCGAGAAGGCUGCGGUUCAUCCGUCCUACCUUUGGCAAUCAAGCAGCCACUAGUUCCAGCAGCCGGCAGACUCGGUUUGAGAAUGAAAAUAAAAGAGUACAACAGCGAAAUAAGUUGGAGGAAACAAAAGCUCCAGUAAAAACUAGGCGACCACCGCAACAAGGCGGCACAGCUUUCAAGUCACAGCCAAAACCUCAAGAACCCAACACUGAAGGUGAUCAUAAGGCUGAUGAAGUGCAAGGAAGCGCAAAUAGAAAUGCAAAAGAGGAAAAUGAGGUUAAACAGGAGGAAGAUAGACCGAUGGUUAGAAGAAAUGGCAAAAAGAAACGUUCCAGAGUGGUCAACGCUAAUCAAAAGGAGGAGAAGGUGGCACCCUAA